AUGUCCAAGCCCAAUCAAAUAAACUCUAAGGCACAAUAUGGCCCAAAAACCAUCCAUCAUAGCCCUAGGCCCAUGGGCCUAAAUCCACAAGUGGGAUUGAAGUCCAACAGUCCAAGGCCCAAUAACCUAGAGCCCGAAAAUCAAUUUUACCCACUACAUGCGUACACGCGGCGUACUCUACAUGUACUCCCAACAUACACUUUCCUUGACCAUAUACGAGUGGUUGACCCAGUACAAGUGGCGUACCAUGGAGCCUAUUGUCUAGGGAUUUUUUCAAGGAGUGCUCUCUGUAACAUUCACUACCUCACCUCACCUGCCGUUGGCAACCUCAGCUCAUCUCUUUCCACCGGCGACCUCGACUCAUCUCUUUCCACCAGCGACAUUGUCUCAUCUCUUUUUACCGACGACCUCGGGCUCACCUCACCUCACCGAAGACUACAAAGACUACUCAACGUUACAAACCCUAGCUAUGAUUAA